UCCAUCAUCAGUCGAAGAGUGGCACCUCCUCCGGCUGGUGAUUCAUCAGAAAAUCAGUUCUCGUUUGUGAUUCCCAUUCUGGUGGAGCGAAGAAAGUUGUCUUCGAACAUGUUAAUUGUGACUCGCGUCAAGUGUGUGGGCAGUCGAUUUCUUUUAACGGUCUAACAUUGGCUUUGGCUAAGAGUGUGGCUUUGAUUUUGGCCAAGAAAACGAAAGCCUAUUAUACUGUUUGUUGUUUGAAAUUGUUUAUAUUUAUUUUUUUUAGUUAAUGAAUAAUAAAUAAAAAAUAUGUGGCCCGAAAAGAAGGCAACUCUUCUCCUAAUCAGCUUCAUAGUGCUGCCAGGAAGUGAUUCCUUUCGACGCAAUUUCGAGGCACGUCAGAGCACCAACUCUAAUAUUCCCCUUUGGAAACAAAGGGCCUGUGAAAAAUCCCAAAAACAAAAGCAAAACGUUCAUUAUAUCUGCGAUGAGAAGGGCGACUUCAAGUGCCUUCCCGGCUGGCAGGGAGAUCUCUGCCAGGUGCCGAUGUGCCGGCGAGGAUGUGAUCCCAUGAACGGCUACUGCCAGCGACCAGGAGAGUGCCGGUGCCGCAUCGGCUAUAGCGGGGAGAUGUGCGAUCAGUGCAUCCCCCUGCCGGGCUGUCAGCACGGCGGGUGCACCAAGCCCUUCGAAUGCAUCUGCAAGCCAGGAUGGGCGGGUCUCUUCUGCACAGAACCCACCUGUCGGAGUGGCUGCCACAGCACGCGAGGCUACUGCGAGGCACCGGGAGAGUGUCGCUGCCGCAUCGGUUAUGGAGGACGCACCUGCACCGAAUGUGCCACCAUGCCGGGCUGCCAGCACGGAACCUGCAACAAGCCGCUGGAGUGUCUCUGCCUACCUGGCUAUACGGGCCUGCUGUGCCAGACACCCCUUUGCGAUCCGGAUUGCAGCAAACAGCACGGCUACUGCCGUAAACCUGGAGAGUGCCGCUGCAAAGUGGGCUGGACGGGUAGCCAGUGCGACAAAUGCUUCCCAUAUCCGGGAUGUGCCAAUGGAGAUUGUGAGGCGCCGUGGGAGUGCAACUGCCACCCGGGAUGGGGUGGAAUGCUUUGCGACGAGAAGCUCAACUACUGCCUGGAUCAUCCGGAGACGUGUGAAAAUGAGGGAAAAUGCAUAUCCCUUAGCCGGGAGGAUGGUAGCUAUCGUUGCCAGUGCCGGCAGGGGUAUCUGGGCAAGAACUGUGAGAUUCGGGAUGACUUUUUGUUGACCUCGGUGGCGCCGCCGCGUAUCACACCGCCCACUCCGCCCACACCCACUGCCACAGCAGACUCUGAUUUGAAUUUGGAGGGAACAGGUGUUGUGGAAAAGUUGCCGGCGGGAGCUAACGAGCCGGAGCCGGUGCCGAAGCCGGAGACGGAGACGGAGCCGGAGAGCCGGACAAAUGAUACCACAACUGUGACGCAGGCCACAGGCAACGUGACGACCAUGGUGGUGGCCUCGUUGGCGCUGGCAACUGGAGCUGGCAGCCACAAUGCGACUAAUGAAGCGUUAAGCGCCAUCACAACUGCUGCUCCGCCUCCCCCAUCGCCACCCCUGCAGCCAGGGCGCUCCACCAUAAAAGGGAACGCAACAAGUGUGGCUGGACCAGCAUUACCCCCAUCAUCAGGACUUCAGGAGUUGCCAACAAAGGCAACACUAGUGGCAACAUCUGCAUCCUCCGUGGCACUCAACAACAAGGAUAAACAGCCAGCGGCGUCGGCGGCGGCGGUGGUGGAGGAGGAGGAGGAGGAUGACGACGAGGAUGAGGACGACGAGGAGGAGGACGAGGAGUACGAGGAGGAGGACGAGGACGAGGACGACGAGGAGGACGACAGCGAUCAACUUAUACCAAAUAUAAUAUAG